CAACAUUUAGAUGACGGAAAAUUCAGUGAUGUGGAAUUUACCUUCGACUGUGGUUCAAAUAUUAAAGCACAUCGAGUAAUCCUGGCUACAAGAUCCACUUACUUUGAAAAAUUAUUAGGAGAUAAGUGGAAAGAAGGACAAAUGAAGACAAUACCUAUAAAACAUAUGGAAUAUACAACAUUUCGAUCUAUAUUAUAUUAUCUAUAUACGGGCAAACUAGAGGAGGGUUUACAAUUUAAUGUUUUAAAGGAUGUUUAUUCAAAGGCAGAUAUGUUAAAUCUUGAAAAAUUUGGGGAAAUGGCAGCAGAUCGUAUCGCAGAUAUGGUUAAUGGGGAUAAUUGGGAUGAGAUUCUGAUGUUGGCUUGGGAAGUUGGAGACGCACGUUUGAAAGAGGCAGCAUUGAAUUAUGCAGUAACGAAAUGGGAUUAUAUUAGGGAUGGCGAAAAUAUGAAAAGAGUUAUGA